AUGAUACGUUGUUACAUUGGUGAUUUAUGGAAUGGUAAUUAUGUAAAUAUACUUUUACCUGUUUGUCUUACAUUAACAGCUGCAGCUGUGUUUUGUUAUAUUUUAAUAUUUAUUCGACUUCAUUUUCGAAAAAAUGCUCCAACUACCCAAAAUAAUACUAAAAAAUUGGAGGGAGUUCACAAAUCAUUAAUUAUUAUUUUAUUAAUAAUUAUUUUUGGGUGGAUAUGUACUUCUAUUAACCGUCAAUUAAUUAAAGUGAUAUUUUCAAGUCCCUACCCUGUAGCUUUUAUAAUCAUGAAUUGUUUGGAUUUAACUUUGACUUUUCUUGGGGUUGCCAAUACUUUUGUUCUUUAUAGUUGCAGGUUGGAAAAUAUAAAGUUAGGCAUAUCUAAUAGGAUUUUGGAUCAAGGUUGUCUUUUUACCUAUUAA